GGAGUAGGGGGAGAGGUUGUCGCGCUGAUUGUAAAAGAGAGGGACAAUAGGUCCUUUAGUCUGAUUGGGUCCCCAGGUUGGCAACACCCGAGAUGAGAGUGCACAGGAAGCCGCUAUAGAGGCAGCAUGAGAAAAUGCACGUUUAUUUAUAUGUAGAUGGAGAAGAGGGGAAACUUUACCGAGAGGCUAACAAGGGAGAGCACGCAUUCAAGGUGACUUUAAGAGAAAUUUCAUACCUUUAAGAAAAACUUCAGGCAAAGGAAGAGGAAAGAAAAAUUAGCAGAGGAGAAGCAGACAAGGCAGAAAUAAAUUUAAAAAAAGAAAGUCUGCUGCAGGAAUCAGAAAAUAAGAGGAAAUAACACGUGAACAGCACAAGUCUGUUCAGCAUCGCUGCGUUUCACAAUGGGGGUCCAAGUGCAUCUUCCAGCCACUGUAGGCAGCUUUUUGCUACCUGUGACCCUUUGCAUUUUGACCCUUCUGGCUCAAGGCAUCCUGGGUAAAUCAGGAGACGAGGAAAAUACCAGAAACUCUGCGCUUCUGCAGAGGGUGAAAAGAGGAUGGGUGUGGAAUCAAUUUUUCGUCUUGGAGGAGUACACCGGACUGGAGCCGCUUUACAUUGGAAAGCUCCACUCGGACAUGGACAAAGGUGAUGGCUCCAUCAAGUACAUUCUGACGGGUGAGGGGGCAGGUACCACCUUCACCAUUGACGAUAGCACCGGGGACAUCCACGCCAUCCAGAGGUUGGACAGGGAAGUGAAGUCACAGUACGUUCUCCGGGCCCAGGCCCGAAACCGCCUCACAGACCGACCUCUGGAGCCUGAAUCAGAGUUCAUCGUCAAGAUCCAGGACAUCAAUGACAACGAGCCAAAGUUCCUGGAUGGUCCCUACCAGGCCACCGUUCCAGAAAUAUCCAGAAUAGGAACGUCUGUGAUCCAGCUCACUGCCACAGACGCCGACGACCCCACGUAUGGAAACAGCGCUCGUGUCGUCUACAGUAUUCUGGAGGGGCAGCCAUACUUCUCUGUGGACGCAAAAACCGGUGUGGUCCGGGUGUCCUUAGCAGACAUGGAUCGAGAGACCAGAGAGAACUACACCAUCCUGAUCCAGGCUAAAGACAUGGGCGGACAGCUGGGGGGGCUGGCGGGGACCACCACCGUCAACAUCACGCUGAGCGACGUCAACGACAACCCGCCCGUGUUUGACCAGCGGUUGUAUCAGAUGAGCGUGCCGGAGUCGGCCCCUGUGGGCUCGGUGGUGGGCCGGAUCUGGGCCAAGGACAGGGACAUUGGCGUCAACGCUGAGAUGAAAUACAGCAUCAUCGACGGAGACGGGAGGGACACGUUUGACAUCAGCACUGACGCCACCAACCUCUUUGGCAUCAUCACCGUAAAAAAGCCGUUAAACUUUGAGAACAAGCCAAGCUACACCCUGAAGGUGGAGGGAGCCAACACCCACCUGGACCCGACCUUCCGGCACCGCGGCCCCUUCAAGGACGUCACCAUCGUUCACGUGAGCGUGGAGGACGUGGACGAGCCCCCGCUGUUCGGCUCGCCGUCGUACUACAUCGAGCUUCUGGAAGACGCCGAGAUCGGGACAGUGGUGAAGACGGUGUCGGCGCGAGAUCCUGACGCUGCCAACAACACAGUGAGGUAUUCCAUCGACAGGAGCAGCGACCCCAAAAAAUUCUUCUACAUUGAAAUCACUUCCGGGACGCUGAUGACGGUGCGUUCGCUGGACAGAGAGGAGGUGGGAUGGCACAACAUCACAGUCCUGGCCAUGGAGAUGAAUAACCCCACGCAGAUCGCGAGCGUGUCUGUGGCUGUGAGGGUGCUGGACGUCAACGACAACCCACCGUCACUGUCGCAUUACUUGGAGACGUUUGUGUGUGAAAACGCCAAAGCAGGACAGCUGAUCCAGACCGUGACGGCGGUGGAUCCAGACGAACCUCUGGGAGGCCAGCGCUUCUACUACAGCUUGGCUCCGGAGGCCGCCAACAACCCCAACUUCACGCUGAGAGACAACCAAGACAACACGGCGUGGAUCCUGACGCGCCGCGGCGGCUGGUCCCAGCAGGACCAGACCAUCUUCUACCUGCCCAUCUUCGUGUCCGAUGGCGAGCAGCCGAUGCAGACCAGCACCAGUACUCUGACCAUCCGGGUGUGCAGCUGCGACCAGGAGGGAAACGUCAUGUCGUGCAACGCCGAGGCCUACAGCCUGCCUGCCAGUCUCAGCAAAGGAGCGCUCAUUGCUAUUCUGGCCUGCAUCUUCGUCCUGCUGGUGAUGAUUCUCCUCAUGCUUUCCCUGCGGACACAUCGUAAAAAGCCCUAUCUCUGCGACGAGGAGGAGAACGUGCACGAGAACAUCGUACGCUACGACGACGAAGGCGGCGGUGAGGAGGACACCGAAGCCUUCGACAUCGCCGCCAUGUGGAACCCCAGGGAAGUGCACCAUCCUCUAGGCAAGAUACGGCAAGACAUGAUGCCGGAGAUCGAGAGCCUGUCGCGCUACGUCCCUCAGCCGUGCGUGAUCGGCGUGGGCAGUGGCGAGGACAGCAACGUCCAAGGCUAUGUGCUGGCGAAGCUCCUGGAGGCCGACCUGGACCCGUGCGCGCCGCCGUACGACUCCCUGCAGACGUACGCGUAUGAAGGCGAAGGCUCGGUGGCCGAGUCGCUCAGCUCGCUGCAGUCGGGAACGUCGAACGCCGACCAUGAGUAUGACUACCUGAACGACUGGGGGCCACGCUUUAAAAAACUGGCAGAGAUGUACGGAGUGCUGGAGACAAACACGCCUCCCAUGUGGUAGAAGGAGAAGAAAGGCAAAACACAAAUGAGAAGACAAAGCUGGGACGCCCGUAUUCUACAUCCGAAGGCUGGAUUAUCAGCAGCCUUGAAGGCCUUCACGCCUGCAGAGGCAGUCUGAGCUGGGUUUAAAUCUUCUUCAAAGAUGGGCUGGAUUUUUGGGCCUCAUGGGGCCCAGUAGAGGAACAGCUUCAAAGCACACGUUAACCCCCUUCUCGGGUCUGAAACACCCAGACAGAGCCCCUUUGGUUCAAAGUGUUUGAGCUGGAGAUAAAAACUCCCUACACCACAGAGAUGUUUUCUUCUGAGAGAAAAUCAGUGUUUUGAUGUGUUUUUGGUCCUAAUUUACUCCUUUGUUUCAACUUUUGUAUUUAUGUUUUAAUUUAUUUGGGUUCUUCAACUAGCACUGUGCGUAAACUUUAAAAACAUCACAUAUGUUGUGACAGUAGACACCUUCGGUUUGCUAGAAAGGAGCUUUCAAUGCUUCUAAAAGUCACACCCAUUGGUAUAAAUUACCAUUUGGUAUAAAUUACUGGAUUGGACAUUGCGUCACUAUCAUGUCAGUGAAAUUUGUAUGCACUGAGUCGCGAAUAUCAGUUGGGAAAAUGACAUGAUCACAUAAAGAAAUUUUAAAAAGAACACCAUGUUUUGAUAUUAAUUGUCAACACUAAAAAGAAGGAAGUAGGUCAGUUAUUCUAGCUUGACUUUGUUAACCAUAACAUUCCAAUGUGUUUCGGUUCAAUUAUCGCUAAAAUAAGGCAACCCACACACCAUUCUGACAGAUCAGUAGAGCAGGUGUGAAAUGAAGAAAACGAGUGAUUUAGAGUUGUUUAUCAGUGUUAUCUGCACUGGUGCACUGCAGCUGCUGUAAUUUCUAAAAGUUCAAUAAACGACAGAAGCUGAGCUAGAUGCCUUGUUUGUUUGCAGAAUGUCGCAAUAUUCUUAACAAUCAUCAAAAUGGAUUAAAUAUUUCGUAAAGUAAAGCAGCAAUUAUGUAAAAUUAAACUAUUGUCCAAGAUAAAGGAGAAAUUUGUUUAGUCCUCUCUUGCAUUUUGACUGAACAGAGAGAAACCAAACUAUUUACAAAUGUAUAUCUAGGGAGAAUACAUACUGUACAUAUUAAAACAUUUUCAGCUUUAAAUUAAGACAUUCAUAAAACUCAGAUAAGAAAUAAGGCCGUUUCCAUUUCAAAUGUGGGCUAAACUUCUUCAAUGUUCUGCUAAUGUCAAAAAACCCACAAUUUUGCAGCUGUGGUGAUUCCAUUAAAUGCGAACACAAUUAAAAUCACACAUGACUAACUUUGUUCACAGGAGAAGUCCUGAAAAAAUAUGCCAUGCCAUCAUCCUCCUACUACUUCUUUGUUGUUUGUUUCUGCCAGUAGUAACAUCCGAUUGUUGAUCAUGUGAUUCCUGUGAUGCAAAAAAGUAUUUCCAUUGCAGUUUUGCAAAAUAAACAAAUUUUAAUACAGACAAAAAAAUUCACUUGAUGCUAACGCAAAAACGUCUGAAAAAAAGUAUUUCUUUUUUCCAAAAUUGCCAUGGCAAAACCCAUGCCUUAUUUGGUUAAUUACCAUUAACCAAAUUUAUCUUUGUAAUUUGACUUAUGUGGUCAAUGGAAACGCAGCUGGUACGGCUUGUGGACAUGACUCAGUGCAUAGAAAUGGCGACACUUCCUAUUCCGGCUAAUAAAUGAUGUCCAAACCAGUAAUAUACAUCGAUGGUAACGCUGUAUUCUCAUAAGGGUCUUUGAUGUGUCUAUUGUGAUAUUGUCUGUCAUUUUUCACCUUUUUGUAUUAAUUCCCAGUUUUCUUGAAAGCAUAAAGAUGUUGCCAUGAGGCCGGGUGGAGGUUUAUCUCGACAGAAAUCUGAACGAGCACACGACCAAAUAGCCUUUCGUUUCCGAUCCCACCGCCGUGCCAAACGGAGUCCGACAGCGGAGAGGCUCCAACCGUCACGUUGCUUUUCUCUGGUGGAACCCUCCAACCGUUUGGGCUGCAGGGACACUGAUCAACCUGCAAUAAGUGCCAAAUGUAUAAAGAACAAAAAAGACUUAAGAAAAAAAAAAGAAUCCAAGUGAGACGGAAACACCAAAAUAUGAAAAAAGGAUUUUAGAAACUGAGAAAGAUGUAAAAAGUGCUUUUUCAUUAUUGAAUUGGGCAGAUUUACUUGAAUUCAAUAUGGUGAGUCAUACUACACUAAGUGGUAUGUGAAUGUAGAUAUUUUUUGUAUUCUCGUUAAUAAAAGCUUUUCUAAAAAAUGUUUGUUGUUGAACGAUAAUUAAGCCAAAGUUUAGAGUGAGCACCUCCAUAAAACACCACGAGCAAAGACAACAGCAGUGGUGUUAGGGGGCAACUGGGCAAUUAUUUGAUAUUCAAAAUGUACCCAGUCCAAAAAUACUUUAAUUAUGCAAACAAACAAAGAGGUAUGAAUUAUUAUUCCUUGAAAAGUUCUUGACUUAUGGUUAGCACUCUUUUGCCUUGUUAUGAAUGAGCGGUCUGCACGAAAUGAAAACAAAAAUGGAGUGGCGUCAGAUUUUAGCAGUUGUAGGAUUUAUCUUUUGUUGUUGGUAAAAGAACACGAGAUAUUUUUCCCGUUAGUGCUAGACUCUUACAUUUGUUUUGGAUGCAUCUACCCAGAAUUCCCAGCGCUGUAGUUCAUUUCCUGCUUUAGGAGUGGUCUCCAGUCUGUUUGGCGUUCACAUAAGCAUCCGAACUGCACCAGAAUUCACUUCAACUAAACAUAAACCUAUGUUCGUAGGCAGAUCAGAGAUUGCUUUUUUGGUUGAUUACGCAUUCAGACUUCCCCAAACAAACAAGACAUUUUAAUAAAAUGCAAUGGAGUUGGAUUAAAGCGGACCAAACAGGGCUAGUGUGAAUGCCUAUUAGGGUUAAGAGGUAACCAAAAACUUGGUUGGUUUUGUACUAGUCAAGAGAUGCUUUCAGAGUAGGUCUGAUCUUUAAAAGUCUGACAUGUCUGGAUUUUGAUGUAAUUUCCUUGUUUUUGCUACUGUACCCCAAUGACAAUAUGUGGAAAAGAAAGUUGAACUGUUUCAUAUUCUUUGAAUGUCAUUUUGUAGUUUCCAAACUGUCAAAGACGAGAAGGAGAAUCUGCACUUCCUUCUACUGUAUUCUCAUCUCUUCAGCACACAUCUCGUCAUUUUUCAGCACAUACAGCUCACAACCCAGAGCCUCUUUCCUCCUCACUGCCCUGCUCUGCACCAUACAGCAGUAUAAAUUAAUCCCUUACAUCCAGAUGCAACAGCACAGCAUCCUCUCCUUCACAUUUGCCCCGUUGUCGACGCCUCCCACGGCCAUUUUUAAGAAAGAGCUUUGCCACCGAAAGGCUCUGUGGGGCUAAUUUUGUCUUAAGCUCCACUGCUCUCCCUAACAGACAAUGGAGCUCAAACGCUUCACAAUAAUAAGAAGCCUUGCAGCUCUAAUCCUACUGAGGGUAAACCGCGGCAAACCCACUGAAUCAUCCCCUAAUGCCGAAUAGAAAAACACUUCGCUCUGCUGGAAAUUAGGGCAUGGAAAGAAAACUCCUAGGCUCUGGAGAGAAGAGCAGGUCAAGCCAAUCUGACACAUGAAGAGUGAAACGUACAUCUGAAGACCCAGUCAUGUCCUCCAAAUAUUCUCUUCCUUCUAGCAAACAGUGUAUUAGUUCAAACAUCUCACACAAACUGUCAAAUAUGUCGGUGGAGAGUUGAUGAUUUGAGCUGAUUAUGUAUUCAUAGGACAAAGGCAACUUGAGAUGUUUUCUCACCAACAGACUUGGUUCAAUUGGGGGACCAAACGGUUCUCUUCCACACUGCACUGAGUCAAACCAACCAAACUAACUGAAAAAGCUGUUCCUCUCCUUGCCUCUGUGGGUCGCUGCAUCAAGAACCACUGAAGAAAACAACACAAAAACCUCUGAAGAAGACAUUGACUGCAAGUUCCUUCUUCACAAAAUGUAAACAAAAAUGGAGUGGCAUCAGAUUUUAGUGAUUGGAGGAUUUCACAUUUGUUUCUGGCAAAAGACCAUUUGGGAUUUCCUCCGCUAGCGCUAAACUUGCAUGUUUGUUUUGGUUGUAUUCUCCCAAAAUGCCCAACUUUAUGACUAUUAGUGACUUUGUAGAGACAUAAAUAUUCUGUAAUUAUAUUUAAUUAAUGAAUUAAAUACAUGUCAUUUUUU